AUGACAACGACAAUGCAGCCCAGCAAGUAUACGGGCCUCGUGGCCGAUCUGAUGCCCAAUAUACGGGCCAUGAAGUAUUCGGGCCUUUUCAUGCACAAUUUUACCGGCGGAAGCGGGUUCAUGAAGAAGGUGUACUCUUCGAUUCAUCUGGUCCUGUUGCUGAUGCAAUUCAUCUUCAUUCUGGUUAAUAUGGCUCUGAAUGCAGAGGAAGUCAAUGAAUUGUCAGGGAAUACAAUUACUGCAUUGUUCUUUACUCAUUGCAUCACAAAAUUUAUAUAUUUGGCUGUGAAUCAGAAGAAUUUUUACAGAACGCUGAACAUCUGGAACCAGGUGAACUCUCAUCCAUUGUUCGCCGAAUCGGAUGCCCGCUACCACUCGAUUGCUUUGGCCAAAAUGCGGAAGCUCUUCUUUCUGGUGAUGCUAACGACCAUCCUCUCGGCCACUGCCUGGACCACCAUCACCUUCUUCGGGGACAGUGUCAAGAUGGUGGUUGACCAUGAGACUAACUCCAGCAUGGCCGUGGAAAUUCCACGACUGCCCAUCAAGUCGUUCUAUCCGUGGAAUGCAUUCCAUGGCAUGUUCUACAUGAUAAGCUUUGCCUUUCAGGUCUACUACGUUCUCUUCUCUAUGAUCCACUCGAACCUGUGCGACGUGAUGUUCUGCUCCUGGCUGAUCUUCGCCUGCGAACAGCUGCAGCAUCUCAAGGGCAUCAUGAAGCCACUGAUGGAGCUAUCCGCCUCCCUGGACACGUACAGACCCAACUCGGCUGCUCUCUUCAGAUCGCUCUCGGCCCAAUCCAAGUCCGAGCUCAUUCGGAAUGAGGAAAAGGAUCCCGGCAACGACCUGGACAUGUCCGGCGUCUACAGUUCCAAAGCCGAUUGGGGCGCCCAGUUCCGUGCACCGACCACCCUCCAGUCCUUUGGCAAUGGCAAUGGUAAUGGCAACGGCGGCGGAGCGGCAAACGGGGCUAAUCCCAAUGGCCUGACCAAAAAACAGGAGAUGAUGGUGCGCAGCGCCAUCAAGUACUGGGUGGAGCGGCACAAGCACGUGGUGCGCCUGGUGGCUGCCAUUGGAGACACCUACGGAGCUGCCCUGCUGCUGCACAUGUUGACCUCGACCAUCAAGCUGACCCUGCUCGCCUAUCAGGCAACGAAAAUUACCGGAGUCAAUGUCUACGCCUUUACGGUUGUCGGAUAUUUGGGCUAUGCCCUGGCACAGGUGUUUCACUUUUGCAUCUUUGGCAAUCGGCUGAUUGAGGAGAGCUCAUCAGUCAUGGAGGCCGCCUACUCCUGCCACUGGUACGAUGGCUCCGAGGAGGCCAAGACCUUCGUUCAGAUCGUGUGCCAGCAGUGCCAGAAGGCCAUGAGCAUAUCGGGUGCCAAGUUCUUUACCGUCUCGCUGGAUUUGUUUGCCUCGGUUCUGGGCGCCGUUGUCACCUAUUUCAUGGUGCUGGUGCAGCUCAAGUGA